AUGACUUCUUUAUCCCUCAAUGUCAGCAACUUUAUCACCCUAAAACUAAGCCCUACAAAUUAUCCACUGUGGCGUGAACAAGCCUUAGCGCUUGCAGAGAGCCAAGACUUGGUCGGUCAUCUUACAAAUGAAGACCCAUCACCCACUCAAUACACCACCAAUACCACAAACUCAGAACAAUUUGUUCCAAAAUUAACUGAUGAAUUCGUCACUUGGCGCAAGUCCGAUCGUCUUCUUCAGGGCUGGAUAAUCAGAACCCUCUCUGAGGAAGCACUUGGAUUGGUCGUCGGCAUCGAUACUGCCCACGCCGUUUGGGUCGCACUCAAAGAUGCAUAUGCAGAAGAUUCACAAGAACGUGAAUUCACAAUCCGUCAACAAAUCAUAUACCUCCACAAAGAAGAGGACCAAACUAUUAUUGAACAUAUUCGCAUUUCACUACUACAAAAAAGCUAUUUAAUAGCGUUUUUUUUUUUGCUUUUUGAUAGCGCUUAA